AUGGUGGACGAAGCGGCGGCGCCGGCGCCGGCCGGCGGGGAUGCCUGGGCGCUCCACGCCCUGCGCGGCGCCGUGCAGACCGUGGAGUUCAGCUGCCUGUCGCUGGAGCACUCCGUGUCGCCGGAGUUCGCGAACCUCGCGGGUGGCCCGCACGCCGACGAGCUCUUCGCCCUGCUGCGGCGGCUCCGAGAGGCGGCGACGCACGCGGACGACUUCGUCCGCCACGGCGCGGACGUGGCCCGGGGCGCGGGCGCGAGCGUGCCCGACUUCCUCAGCGCCGCGGCGCCCGCGACGAAGGCCGACGAGGCCGCGAGCGCCGCCGCGGGGCAGGAGAAGAGCAGCUUCCGCGAGGCGCUCCUCAAGGCCGCGCAGGCGCGCGGCGACCUCGUCCGCGCGACCGCGGCGCCCGGCCACCACCACGGCGGGGCCCACGACGGCCGCGGCGCCGCGCGCGCCUUCCAGACGCGCUGGGGCACCGUCGUCAAGCCCCACCUCGCCCACAUCGCCAAGGCGAACCCCGUCGGCGCGACCGUCGACGAGGCGCACAAGAUCGCGCUCAUGACCAACUACCAGGCGAAGAUGAUGGGCGUCGGCGGCGCGGCCUUCAUGGGCGCCGCGGAUCUGGUGCUGACGCAGAAGAAGCAGCGCAAGCUGAAGUGGAAGGGCGCGGCCGCGCGCGGCCUGCUGCUCAAGGGCGCGGGCGCGGGCCCGGCGCCCGUCGAGGCCCACGUCCACGAGUUCAACGCCGAGAAGGUCGCCGCGCGCGCGAGCGCCCGGGCGAAGCCGCGGCCCGAGGAAAGCAGCGCGCUGCGCCUCACGGGCGCCGCGCGGCCCGGCGGCGACUCGAGGCGCAAGCCCUACAGCUCGCCCGCGUGGACGGAGCCCGAGGCGCACGACAGCGUCCGCGACCGCUUCAAGAAGGCCAAGAUGAAGCUCGCCAUGAACAAGGCCUUCAAGGACGGGAAGGACGACGGCCGGGGCGAGGGCGUCAAGUUCUUCCACUUCAACGCGUCCAAGGAGCAGGCGAAGCAGCACCGCCACGAGGCCGCCGCGGCCGCCGCGGCCAAGUUCGAGCCGGCCAAGUACGACGCGUCGGUGGUGACGACGCCCAAGGUGCGGACCAUCGCCGUCGCGCCGUCGCCGCGGACCGACGACCGCGAGGGCGACGGCAAGGCCGCGGACAGCGACGGCGACGACUGCGACGCCGCGUCGUCGGACGCGCGGCGCCGCGAGCUCGAGGCGCGCGCGGCCGAGUCCGUGGGCGCCGCCGAGCCCGCGUCCGGCCUGGCCAAGUUCAAGAGGGUCGGCGCGGGCGUCCUGUCGACCAUCGCCAUGUUCAAGUCGGGCGGCGGCGACGCGCCGCCGCCCGACGGCGCGUCGCCCAAGGCGGCGAAGAAGACGAUGACCGGCGCCCUCCGCGCGACGACGGGCGUCAUCCGCACGCUCAUGGCCCGGCGGACCAAGGCGCGGCGGGGCAGCGGCGACGGCGGCGACGGCGACCCCGAGAAGGCCGAGAAGUCGCGCGUGUCCGCGGUGCUCAGCCGCAUCAAGGGCUCCAUCGGCAAGGCGAAGAAGCCGACCAGCGGCAUCGCGCGCGUCGCGUCCGGGCUGCACCUCAAGGGGGUCGACGACGAGGAGUACCAGAAGAUGCUCCUCGACGACGACGUCGAGGAGGACGUCAUCACGUGGCGCGUCUACGCGCAGAUCCACUCCUUCAGCGCCAUGCUCGCCUUCUUCUGGUUCGCCAACUGCUACGUCAUCGUCAUGUCGCCCCUCUACUCCGUGCUGGGCUUCGCGCGGCUCCCCGACGGCUGGCACGCGGCGAACGUGUUGGCGGAGCUCGUGAACGCGUGCGAGUUCGCGUUCCGCUUCCGCCGCGACAUGACCGACGACUUCAAGCCCGGCGACGGCGAGUGGAAGGGCUGGACGUCGGUCUCCGGCACGCGCACGCCCCUGGACUGCUUGUUGACGCUGCCCUACUGGACGGCGAACCUCGUCGCGACGGCGCCGCGGUUCGCGCCCGCGCGGCCCACGCUCGGCGCCGUCGCGGGCUGGGCCAAGUUCGUCCAGUGUUUGCGGUUGUUCCAGAUCAACACGGCCAUGGGCGAGAAGAGCCAGGUCAUGAAGACCGCGCGCGCGCUCGAGGUGAACCCGAUCCUCGUGCGCAUCGGCAAGCUCACGUUCGCGUUCCUCAUCGUCAUCCACUACGUGUCCUGCGCCUACCAGCUCGUGGGCCGGCGCCACGCCACGGCGUCGGACCGCGACCUCGGCUACUGGGCCUACUACGCGUCGCACGGGCGGAAGCACCGCAUCUUCGAGCGCUGGGCGCACGCGUACUACUGGUCCAUCACGUCGAUUUUGGGGAACUACACGAUCCCGAGCAACGCCGUGCAGGCGCUCUUCAACGUGACCAUCUUCAUCCUGGGCAUCACGAUGACGUCCAUGAUCACGGGCUCGAUCACGUCGAUGCUCGCGAACAGCGACGUGUCCUCCACGCGGCGCCGCGAGAAGAUGACGCGCGUGCGCGAGUACAUGCGGACCCACGCCGUGCCCGAGGAGCUCAGCGAGACGAUCACGGAGUACUACGACUACCUCUGGGAGACGGACCACCGCGACGAGGAUCUGUUCAGCGACCUGACGGACAGCCUCCGGCUGCGGCUCACGAUCGCGACGAAGCGCCACUUCAUCCACUCCUGCGCCGUCUUCCAGGACCUGGACCAGUUCUCCGUGAUCCGGCUCAUCAUGGCGCUGAAGCAGCUCAUCUGCGUGCCGGACGAGAUCGUCGCCGCGCAGGGCGAGAUCGGCACGUCCAUGUACUUCGUGUCCCACGGCGAGCUCACGGCGGCGUGCAUCGACGACCUCGGCGCGGCCAUCGUCGUCGGCCACCUCCACGCGGGCGACCACUUUGGCGAGGCCGCGAUCCUCGAGCCCGACGGCAAGCGCAACGCGACGGUGCGCGCGGUCACGUUCUGCGAGCUCUUCGCGCUCAAGUUCGACGAGCUCUUCGCCAACGGCGACGAGGACCGGGCCAUCCUCCUCGCCAUCACGUCGGACAUCCACCAGCGCCGCGUCAUCCGCGAGCUCAGCAAGCGGCUCGUCCGCGUCCGCGUGAAGCUCGUGGCCUACGCCAAGUUCAUGAGGAGCCUCAAGAGGCUCCGGGGCCACAUCCGCAUCCGCGAGACGGCGCUGUCCAAGGGCGUGAAGAAGGUCAAGGGCGCGCUCAAGAUGGGCAUCGGGCCCAAGCGCGGCGACAGCAAGGGGGGGCACAGCGGCGACCGCGGCAUGGCGAUCGUCGCGCUGCUGCUCCUCCUGCGGUCGGCCUGCGGUGCCGGCUCCGCGCCUCCGGCGCGGUCGGCGGCCGACGGCAUGGUGCGGCGCCUGCUGCUGGGCCGGGCGCGCAACGCGCACUGCCAGCGGCCCUUCGGGACGCUGCUCUGCGCCGACGACGGCCCGCGGGGCUGGGAUCCGCCCGUGGCGUGCAUCCCCGAGCUCGAGUGCGAGGACCCGCGGCAGGACUUCCCGCGGUGCAAGCGCAAGGUGCCCGCCGCGGGCCGCUGCCGGCCGGGCACGGGCCCGCCGCCGAACACGACGAGCGCCUGCAUCGUCUGGAGCACGAUCUCGCCGGAGCUCGCGGCCAAGGUCGGCGCGCGCGUGCAGUGCGCGAGCCACUACCUCCGGGGCCUCGUCCGGCGGCCGACGGGCCGGUGGGCGAGCCUCGGCGGCGAGUUCCACGACUGGGUGUUAGGCGCGGCGGACGCGGCCUACAAGUUCCCCGGCGUGCCCUUCCAGUGGCCCGGCGAGGACUACGGCCGCCAGAGCGUCGACCGCGUCCGGACGAUCACGCUCGGCACGGCGCUGCGCCGCGUCUACUCGCCCGCGCUCCUCGACGGCGUCGGCAACCCCGCCGUGCUCGACGUUCUCGAAUUAACGGGCACGGGCGAGGAGUGGUCCGUCCUCGAGGGCCUCUUCGCGGACGCGGAGCUGUCAAAGCGGCUCCGCGACGGCGCGCUCGCGCGGCAGAUCGUCCUCCGGGCCCACCUGCGGCCGCGGAGCGACGCGCCGUCCCGCGAUCCGGCCGUCGUCUUCGCGCGCGCGACGAGCGAGGAGGGCCGCGGCUUCGUGAAGCGCGUGCGCGUGCCCGCGCCGUCCAAGUACGCGCACGUGUCCCAGUUCCAUCCCGCGGGCGCGAACGCGACGGACGCCUUCAACCGGCGCGCGGGCGACCUCUUAGCGAAGCUGCUCGACGCGGGCUUCGUCAUCUGGCGCCACGGCGUCGCCGCGGGCGCCUUCGGCGACGACGAGGUCGCCGACGCCGACGACCGGGCCCGCGCGCCGGAGGUCGUCUACCGCUUCGAGGACGGCACGGCCAUGGCGGGGCCCUGCUGCCACCGGUUGAACCUCGUCUGGCGGCCGCCGGCGCCGCCCUGCGAGCCGACGCGCUGGUCGCGGUGCCCGCCCGCGCGCCGCGCGCCCCCGGCCGACGACGCGCCGCCGCCGCCGCCGCCGCCGCGGAGGACACCGGCGAAGCCGAGGACGCUCGUCGUGCUGCUCGGGUCCGCGCGGGGCGGCGAGGCGGCCUGGCGGAGCCUCCUGGACAACGUGCUGCUCCCCAACGACGCGGACCUCGCGUUGAUGCUCAACCGGCAGAGCGAGCGCGUCGCCGGCGCGCGCGCGCUCUACGACCGCGCGAGCUACGCCUGGCCCGUCGACGACUUUGAGGACUGGGAGGACGCCGUCGCCGCCAUGGGCGGGUCGUCGACGAACUGGCGCGCCGUCGCGGAGAACAACACGGAGGCGUCGACGCUCGCGCUGGGCGGCGCGUACCCGAAGGAGGGCAACGGCGUCAUCAUCCCCUUCUUCAAGUUCCGGCUCGCGCGGACCAUCGCCGAGCACAAGCUCCAGAACAUCUACGACCGCUUCGUCGUGACGCGCACGGACCAGUUCUACCCCUGCGCGCUCGACCUCGCGGCGCUCGAGCCGUCGCUGCUCUGGAUCCCCUACGGCGAGGACUACGGCGGGCUCUGCGACCGGUUCCUCGUGGCUCCCUCCGACCUCGUGCUCCAGGCCCUGGACAUCAUGCGGCCCGUCGUCUCCUUCCCGGACCGCUACCUCGACUUCGUCGGCAACCCGGAGAUGCUCUUCCGCCGCCGGCUCGCGGAGAUGCGGCUCCUCCGGCGCACGGCGCGCUUCGCGCGGUCCAUGUUCACGGGCAGCGGCGAGGCGGACCACAGCCGCUGGUCCCAGGUCAAGGGCUGCAUCGACGACCCGGCGCCCAUCUGCUUCAAGUACGCCGGCGAGUACGAGGCCGCGAUGCGCGGCUGCGGCCUCGACGACCCGCGCGGCCGCGUGUCCGUCCCGACCUGGUCCGACGGCUUCUUCCACAACGGCAAGUGGAGCAACAGCACGAGCGACAUCUGGGGCGACGACGACCCCGACGCGACGCGGCGCUGCUCGGCUGCCGACGCCUACGAUCUUGGGCAGCCCGACGCGCGACGCGCGACGCGCGCUCGGCUGCCCGGGCGCGGCGUCAUGGCCGAUCCCUGGGAGGAGGAGGCGCUGCGCGCCGUGGAGCUCGCCGCCGAGGGCGACGGCGAGUUCGCCUUCCGCUGCCUGCGCAGCGCGUUCCUGCGGUCCGGCGCGUCCGUGCUGACGACGGUCGAGGCCCGGGGCGACGGCUCCUUCCGCUUCGGCGCCGACGCCGUCGUGCGCGACGCCGUCGAGGUCGUCGACGGCGACUCGCUCCUGCACAUGCUCAUCCGCAACGGCGGUGACGCGCGAUGCGUCGAGGCGUGCGUCGAGCUCGGCGCGGACGUCAUGCAGCCCAACGGCCGCGGCGAGCACUGCCUGGGCAUGGCGCGGAAGCGCAUCGCGCGCGCCGGCGAGCUGCGGGGCCGCGGCGUCGCGGCCAAGGUCGAGGCGGCCGCGCGCAAGGACGCGGCCGUCGCCGUCGCAUCGCUCGUCGAGAAGGCGCGCGGCCGCCAGAAGGGCACGUCGUCGGGUUUGCUGCGCCUCGGGACGCCCGGCAGCCCGGCGGCGAAGCGGUGGCCCGCGUCGCCCCAGCGGCGCGUGAAGCCGCGGCCCAGGUCCGCCGGCGCGCGGCCCCGGUCCGCGGCCGCGCGGCCCGUCGGCGAGGUCGACGCGUGGCGCCGCGCGUCGAGCCUCGCGCAGCGCGCGGCGGCGGCGGCGGAGGCGCGGCGCGCGGGCUUCGCCGAGGACUCUGGGGCGCCGCGGGACGGCGGCGAGGACCUCGCGGGCCUCGCGCGCCUCGCGGUCGACGAGGCCGCGGCGCUGUCCGGCGACGGCGACGCGGGCGAGUCCGCGACGCGCCUCGUCGCCAAGGCGCGCGACGACCUGGGCCGCGCGCUCGGGGAGCGCGACGGUUUGAUCCGGGAGCGCGCGGAGGAGAUCGAGAAGAACGCCGCGCUGUCGAAGCAGCUCCGGGACUGCGACGCCGCCGCGGAGGCCGCCGCGGCGCGCGUCCGCGCGCUCAAGCGCGCGGCGGCCGAGGCCGAGGUCGACAAGGCGCGCGCGCUCGACGACGCGUCGCGCGAGGCCGCGAAGAGCGACCGGCUCGCGCGCCGGCUCGAGGCGCUCGACGGGGAGCGGCUCGGGCUGCGCGGGGCCGUCGACGACCUGAAGCGGGAGGUCGCGGAGCUCCGGCGCGACGAGGCGGCGCUCGCGGAGGAGCGGCGGCGCGCGCGCGAGGCCAUCGUCGGCGUCUACACGCGCAUGCGCGCGCUGGGCGCGGAGACGGAGCGCCUGGAGGCGGAGCACGCGGAGCGGCGCGCGCGCUCCGACGCGUCGCGCGCCGAGGGCCUCGCGCUCGAGGCGGAGAACGCCGCGCGCAGGAGGCGCUUCGACGAGCUCCGCGAGGCCCGCGCGCCGCCCGAGGCCGCGCGGGGCACGGCCGCGUCGGGCUGCGACGUCCACAGGCGGUCCAAGGCCCUCAGGGCGGGCCUCGCGAGCCUCGCGGGCGAGGCCUGGGCGGACGAGGCCGCCGUCGCCGAGGUCACGGGCCAGCUCCUCGAGGGCGACGACGCGCUGCGGUCCGCGGCGUACCGCACGCGCGCGGAGACGUGGCUCGACGAGUGCUCGCCGGGCGCCGCGGCGGCGCCGCCGGUGCUCGUCGCGCCGGCGGGGUCGCCGCUGGCGGGCGCCUACGAGGCGUCGGGCGCGACGCUCGGCGGCUUCGGCGUCUGGCGGUCGCCGGACGGCGCGACGCUCGAGCGCCGGCCCGGGGGCUGGACCUGGGUCGACCGCGACGGCGUCGCCGUCUGCGCCGCGCCCGGCAGCGAGGAGGCCGUGCCCCCGGGCGACGGCUGGGUCGACGACCGGGGCGAGACCGACGCCGCGUGGCAGCUCGAGCGCGCGGCGCCGCCGGCGAAGCCCGCGGACUACGAGUUCCCGACGCCCCUCGAGCUCCGCCUCUUCGAGGUCGACGCCCUGCAGAAGGCCGUCGCCAUCGGCUCGCUGGAGCUCCGCGCCAUCGACGCGCAGCUGGAGGACCUCGCGACCGCGGGCGGCGCGCGCGUCGACGAGGCCGUCGUGCCCGCGCUGAGGAAGGCGCGGGCCAAGAAGGUCGCGGGCCGCGACGCGGCCCUCGCGCGGCUCUCGGAGCACAUCUUCGUGUCCACGGUGUCGACCAUCGCGCCGGACCUCGACGCGACGCGCGCGCGGUACCGGGCCCUCUACGGCGACCUGACGCGGAAAGACCCGGCGGGCUUCGAGGCCGUCCACGCGGCGCUCGGCGCGCUCGACGCGGGCGCCGAAAAAGACAAGGAGCGGCAGACGCUGAGCCUCGCGGCCAUGCGCGAGUUCUUCGGGCCGGGCCGCGACGCGCCGAAGCCGCGUGACCCCUUCGACGUGCGAUUUUCCCUGGGUUUGCUCCGCGACGCGGUCUCGGCGAAGCCGACGUACGACGCAGAAUUGCUGAAGAUCGGCGCGGCCGUCGACGCGGCGCUCGGCCGGAGCGCCGUUGUCGUCCUCCUGGCGCCGAUCAAGAGUUUAGGCCGCGCGUUCUCCAAGGUCCACGAGAAGUACGGCGGCCGCUACGACGGUUUGACGGACCUGCUCCGGGGCACGCUCCAGUGCGACGGCCUCGACGCGCUCGAGGCCGCGGCGAAGCUCCUGGGCGCGUCGGCGGCGCUCGAGGUCAUCCGCGUGAAGAACCGGCUCCACGCGAGCUUCGACGCGGACGCCGCGAGCGGCGGCUACCGCGACGUGCUGACGAACGUGAAGGUCGGCCACGUCGUCGCCGAGGUCCAGCUCAACCUCGAGGCCUUCGUCGAGAUCAAGGAGGGCAGCGGCCACGCGGUCUACGAGGCCGCGCGCGUGAUCCACUUCUUCGACCCGCUGCUGAAGCGCCACGCGGGCACGCCGACGUCGCUGACCGCGCGCGCGCUGCCGCGGUGCGACGACGACGACGACCGGCCCGUCUGCGUCGCGGACCGCGUCGCCUGCGGCCAGCUCCAGGAGGUGGAUUUGGUCGGCGCCGGCGGCGCGUGCGGCGCGGCCCUCGCGCGGGGCCUGGGCGACCGCUUCUGCCGGCUCAAGGCGUUGCACCUGGAGCGCGUCGACGGCCUCCCGCGCCUCGACGCGCUCUUCUCGCGCGCGGCCUGCGCGGCGCUGCGGCCGUCGCUCGAGAAACUGCGCGUCGACGGCUGCGCGGGGGAUUUAGGGGUCGUGCCGGCGGCGCUCGCGGACCUGCCCAAGCUCGCGAGCCUCGCGCUGCUGGCGCUGUCGCUGUCCGGGCCCGCGCCGCUCGGCGCGCUGAGCGGCCUCCGGCGCCUCGAGGUGCUGGAGAUGGAGGCCUGCGGGCUGAGCGGGCCCCUGGCGCUGGGCGACGAGGCCGACUUCCCGAAGCUCGCGCGCCUCUCGCUCCGGGGCAACGAGCUCGACGGGCCCAUCCCCGCCGCGCUCGGGUCGAGACGGCGCUUCCCGAGACUCGCGGUCCUGGACCUCCGCCGCAACGCGCUCGCCGGCGAGCCGCCCGCGGCGCUCCUCGACGACAACGCCCUCGCGACCCUGCUCCUCAGCGACAACCGCCUCGAGGGGCCCGAGCCGGGGCUCGACGACAAAGGCGACCGGUCGCGGCUCUCGGAGCUCGCCACGGAGCGCAACGCGUGGGCCACGGAGCCGGAACGCUCCUUCGCCGCCGGGGUCGAGGCCGCGGCGGCGGCCGCGCUGGAGCCGCCGGCCUUCACGGCGUCGGGCGCGGGCAACGCGGACCUCGACGGCGACUACUACGUGCGGGGCGCGCGCGGCGGCAAACCGCGCUACGCGUCGGCGAACGGCGCGGCCGUCGAGUUCGUCGCGGCCGCGGCGCGCUGGGCCUGGGUCGCGCCCGACGGCGUCACGGUCUGCGUCGCCGACGGCGCCGACGGCGACCGGCCGCCGGCGGACGCCGCGGCCUGGCGCGACACGCCGCGGCGCGCGCUCCUGGAGCCGCCGCCGACGCUCUCGCGCGCGCGGCCCUGCGACGGCGAGCCCUGGACGUUGUCCGUGUCCAACGUCUACGCCUCGGGCGCCUACGGCAUCACGGCGAGCGACGCGUCGAAGCUGCUGUCCCGGGCGACGGACGCGGGCGCGGGCACCUGCGCGGGCGCGUCGGAGAUCCGCGCGACGUUCGCGGCGCCGGUCCACGUCCGCGCGGUCACCGUCGCGCCCCUCGACGGCUGGGGGCCGACCUACCUGCGGAACGCGGCGCUCGAGGUCCUCGACGGCGACACCUGGCGCGCCGUGGCGAGGCCGAGCGGCGGCGAGGAGCGGCUCGCCGUCGACGCCGUCGGCGCCGAAUGGCGGCUCGCGGGCUCGUACCUGGCGACGAGCCGCCUCUUCUUCGAGUGCGACCGCGCCGCGGGCUUCCGGCCCGAGCAGGUGCCGUCGACGGCGCCCUGCGACGACGUCGCCUGGGAGCUGGAGGUCGUCGACGGCGAGGCCGGCUUCGGCGACGACGCCGGGUCGCUCCUCGUGCAGGACGACACGGUCGGCGUCGCGACCCGGGGAGACUCCGGCGCCAUCCUGGCGCGAUUCGAGGCGCCCGUCCGCGUCUCGCGCGUCACCGUGGCCGCGCUCAACCGUGGCUCGUAUGGCGCGGAUGAAACGCUGGCCGACAAGCUGGCCGGCGCGCGCCUCGAGGUCCUGCUCGACGACGACGAAACUUGGGAGACCGUCGCGGAGGUGCCCGAUAGCGGAACUUGGACGAAGGAGACGACACAUCACCUGGAGAUCGACGCGUCGGGGAGCGUGUGGAGGCUCCGCGGCAAGGACGUCGCAACUUCUCGCUUCUUCUUCGAGACAAACCACAAAAAGGGCUACAAGCCCGCGCAAAUCCUAGAAGGGCAGCCCGUCGACGGCAAGGCCUGGACGCUGUCCGUUUCGAACGUCUACGGCUCCGGAUCCUACGGGAUCACGAGCGACGACGCGUCCAAGCUCCUGACCGAAGCGACGAACGAGGGGACCGGGACGUACUCCGGGACGUCGGAAAUCUGCGCGACCUUCGAGGAGCCGGUGCGCGUCCGAGGAGUCACCGUCGCGCCGCUCGACGGCUGGGGCGGGUCCUACCUCAGCAACGCGACCUUGCAAGUGUGCCUCGACGACGGCGAGUCGUGGCUCGACCUCGCGAAGCCGUCCGGCGCCGAGGAGACGCUCGAGGUCGACGCCGUCGGCUCCAAGUUUCUCCAGCGCGCCGCGUUCCUGGCGUCCGGCGGCGGCCGCGUCUGCCUCGGCAACGCCGCGGGCGACCUCGACUCCGUCGUGUCGGCCCUGGCGGCGGCGGCGCUCUACGGCGGCGCGGCCCUGGCGCGGUUCCCGCGGGAGGACCUCGCGCUGCGCCGCGACGCCGAGGCCGCGCUCGCGCACGACGACGCGGCCGCGGCAGCGGCGGGCGGCGCGCCCGCGCGGUCGGCGCUCGUCUUCGGCGACGAGGCGGCGGCCGCGCCGGCCGCGGCCUGCGAGGUCGUGCUCACGGACCACAACGCCUUCGACGGCGGCGACGCGUCGCUCGCCUUCGCGUCGCCGGCGACCGUCGUCGCCGUCGUCGACCACCACGCGGACGAGGGCCGGCACGCGGACGCGCGCGACCGGGAAAUCGACGCCGCGUGCGGCUCCUGCUGCACCAUGCUCGCGGAGCGGCUCCUGGCCCGGGGCGGCGAGCCGCCGGCGCGGCUUUUAGCCCUGGCCUUCGCCGCCGUCGCCGUCGACUGCCGGGGCUUCGCCGCGAAGCACGCGGGCCUGAAAUUUUCGCCGCGCGACGUCGCGCUCGGCCACGCGGUCCUCGACGCGCUCGGCGGCGACCCGGCGCCGGACGGGAGCGCGCCGGCGCUCCGCGGCCGCGCCCUGCCCGCGGCCUGCGCCGUCCUCGGCGCCGCGACCGUCGGCGACCUCGCGAAGCGGCUGCUCGCGGCGCGCAAGGACGUGUCGGCGCUCGACGCGCCCCAGCUCCUGCGCCUCGACUACAAGCGGGCGAGCGCCGGCCGCCUGCGCGUCGGCGCCGCGUCGAUCAUGGCGCCCCUGUCGGACUUUUCGCGCCGCGCGGGCGGCGGCGCGCCCCUCGGCGCCGCGCUCCGCGCCUUCGCGGCGAAGAGCGGCGUCGACGUGCUCUUCGCGAUGACGGCCGCGGAGCAGGGCGCCAAGGGCCUCGCCUACGUCGUCCGCGACGGCGCCGUCGACGCCGCGGCCCUCGAGCGGCGCCUCGAGGCCGCGCCGGAGGGGCUCCCGGGCGACCUCCUCGCGCUGCCGCUCUUCGCGACGCAGCGCGUCACGACGGACGGCUUCGGCCUCGCCUUCGGGGCCCUCCUCGGGGACGGCGACGGCGCGCCGCGCUGCUCGCGGCUCCGCGCGGACAUCACGCGCAAGACCGUGCUCCCCUUCGUGCUCCACGUCCUGGGGGAGCUCGCCGCGUAA